CAUGCAAAUUUUGAUUGUUACCUAGAGGAUCAAGACAUAAUGGGAGCAUUUUUAGACAAACCAAAGAUGGAAAAACAUAACGCCCAAGGCCAGGGUAAUGGGUUGCGAUAUGGGCUAAGCAGCAUGCAAGGCUGGCGAGUUGAAAUGGAGGAUGCACAUACAGCUGUGAUUGGUUUGCCAAGUGGACUUGAAACAUGGUCAUUCUUUGCUGUAUAUGAUGGGCAUGCUGGUUCUCAGGUUGCCAAAUACUGCUGUGAGCAUUUGUUAGAUCACAUCACCAAUAACCAGGAUUUUAAAGGGUCUGCAGGAGCACCUUCUGUGGAAAAUGUGAAGAAUGGAAUCAGAACAGGUUUUCUGGAAAUUGAUGAACACAUGAGAGUCAUGUCAGAGAAGAAACAUGGUGCUGAUAGAAGUGGGUCAACAGCUGUAGGUGUCUUAAUAUCUCCUCAGCAUACUUAUUUCAUUAACUGUGGAGACUCGAGAGGUUUACUUUGUAGGAACAGGAAAGUUCACUUCUUCACACAAGAUCACAAACCAAGUAAUCCGCUGGAAAAAGAACGAAUUCAGAAUGCAGGUGGUUCUGUGAUGAUUCAGCGUGUGAAUGGCUCUUUGGCUGUGUCAAGGGCCCUUGGGGACUUUGAUUACAAAUGUGUCCAUGGAAAAGGUCCUACCGAGCAGCUUGUUUCACCAGAGCCUGAAGUCCAUGAUAUUGAAAGAUCUGAAGAAGAUGAUCAGUUCAUUAUUCUUGCAUGUGAUGGUAUUUGGGAUGUUAUGGGAAAUGAAGAGCUCUGUGAUUUUGUAAGAUCCAGACUUGAAGUCACUGAUGACCUUGAGAAAGUUUGCAAUGAAGUAGUCGACACCUGUUUGUAUAAGGGAAGUCGAGACAACAUGAGUGUGAUAUUGAUCUGUUUUCCAAAUGCACCCAAAGUAUCACCAGAAGCAGUGAAGAAGGAGGCAGAGUUGGACAAGUACCUGGAAAGCAGAGUAGAAGAAAUCAUAAAGAAGCAGGGGGAAGGCGUCCCUGACUUAGUCCAUGUGAUGCGCACAUUAGCGAGUGAGAACAUCCCCAGCCUCCCACCAGGGGGUGAAUUGGCAAGCAAGCGGAAUGUAAUUGAAGCCGUUUACAAUAGACUGAAUCCUUACAAAAAUGAUGACACUGAUUCUACAUCAACUGAUGAUAUGUGGUAAAACUGCUCAUCUGGCCAUGAAGUUUACCUUCACCUCCAAAGCAAAGUACAGCUCAACUUCACUGAACCUUUUAAACAUCCAUCCUCAACUUGUAAGGAAUAUAUGACGUGGGUGAGAAUGAUUACACCAGAGAACGUCAGCAGUACAACAGCUAGCCCAGAACUGAUUUUUUUUUUUUUUUUGUAAAUUUGCGACUUAUGUAAACGUGAUUUUAAAUCAUAAUUCAUGUUGUAAAUCAGACUCCAGCAAUUUUUGUUGUAUGAUUUUGUUUUUUGUAAAGUAUAAUUGUCCUUGUACAAAAUGCUCAUAUUUAAUUAUGAACUGCUUUAAAUCACUAUCAAAGUUAUAAGAAAUGUUUGGCUUGUUGUGUGAUGCAACAGAUAUAUAGCCUUUUCAAGUCAUUUUGUGUCUGGCCUUGGGGUUGGGACAGGGAGAGCAGCAGCCAUAUCAGCUAGAAAUUCAAAAGUGCAUGUGAUUUGGAGAAGUAUUCCAAAAUUUUACAAAGCUGAACACCCAUGGAGUUAAUCAAAAACUAUCUCAAUGUUCUUAGCAGUGGGACUGGCAUUGUUGAUAAAGCUGGUCCCUACAUUUAACUCUCUUUUAGGUUGUUCUCUCCUUGUUGCCAUGAGUAUUGCAGGUAAUACAAUAUAUUCAUAAGAAUAUCAAUCUUGAGGCUAAAAUGCCUUGAUUCUUUGCACCUCUUUUACAAGUCUUACAUUUAAUUACUAAUUGAUAAGCAGCAGCUUCCUACAAAUAGUGGGAGACUGCCACAUUUUUGCUAUCAUGAUUGGCUGGGCCUGCUGCUGUUCCUAGUAAGAUAUUCUGAAUUCCAUUUUAUCAAUAAAGCUUGAUUUAACAAACAAGACAUUUAAUCAUGUAUGUGUAAUUCCUCCUUUUCCCGGUCCUUAUUUUAAGACACCAUGCCAUUGUAAAUGAGAAAUUUCUCAUGGGGAAAGAUGUUAGUCUCUUUUAAUUGGAAAAUACUGUGACUCAAAGGCAUAGAUGGAACUGUUUCCCUUCUAUUAGAAUGACUAUAAAAGAUUUAAGUCUCUGUUGUUCCAUAAUAUAUUUUAAUGGGUUUCUUUCUAGCUGCUUAUUUUUUCAUUAAGGUGUGUAUCAGCCUGAAUUUGCCUAUCAUUUAAUUAAAAUAAUUGUCAAAGCUUGACAAUCUAACACUCUAUCGUAGGUGUGUGUGUGUUUGUGUGUGUGCUUGUGAUUUUUAAUUGGCCCAUGUCUUUAGAAUCCCAAUAGUUAAGAUGUAUUUAGUGAUCUGAAAUAUAGCAUGCUGAUAUUAUUUAGUUGUUGGUCUUUAAAAGUAACUUUCAAAAGUUUAAAGAAUUGUAGAUGUACAAAUAACCUAAUCUAAUUUAGGCUUAAAUUCCUGAUUAAGCAUGUGACAGUAAGUUUUAAAAUCUGUCACAUUGAAAAGACUACUGUUCUGUGCCCUUCGAUAUUUUUCUCUCUUUAGGUUGAAUAUUGUAUUUAAUCACCAUGUAAUUUAAUCAUUCAGUAGGCAGAUUCCCUACUAGAAAACAUUUAAAAUGUAAGACUUAAAUAGAACAUGGACUACAAAAUCAAAACUUUGUAUAUAAAAGGUAGUAUAACUCUUAUUUUUCCCUAAGUUGGAAAUACACAUAUUUGUAUAUAUAGCCUUAAACCUAAUGUAAAGUUAGGAAAGUAGUGGGAAAAUGUGAAGUGUCUUAGACAAGUAGCUACAUACCAGCAGAAUUUUUUCAUUAUCCCUCGUAUUUGUGAGGUGAUUAAAUGUAACCUAAUUGUAUUUAAUUUAUAUCUUAAUCCAGCAUGAAGAAAAACAAGUACUAUUUAUAUUUAGAAAUUCAUAUAACAGUUGGAAUUACAGAACCAAUUCCGUACUUACAAAUAAAUGCUUAAUGUCAGUCUGGUAGAGUGCAAAGUAUGAUAAUGUUCUGAGUUGUGACUUUGCAAACAUCGAAAUGUACAUUUAAUGAAUACCAUUACUUCUAGAAUAGAUGAACAGACUAGUACUGAACUAAAUUCUUACUAUAAUUGUUUAAUUUUUUAAGUAGACUGAAGUUUUUAAUUGAAAAAUGAUUUGGAUUUUGAGAUGCAAAAUCUUGCAUAAUAAGUAAAAUAUGUGAUGGCAAGUUGUAUUUCAAACCAUAAUGGCAUAUUUAGAGAUGUUUUUGACAGUAUUUAAAAAAGAGGUUCACAUAUUCCUCUGUUAAAAUUAUUAGUGUGGAAAUUAGGCUUGGAAGUGAGAGGAAACUAUUAAUUACAAUCUAAGAAGACUAAAUCUUUUCUACAUGGGUCAGCAUCGCCAUAGUAGAUAGAGUUUUUCAUUAUAAAAAUAUAGGAAGGAAGUAUACAUUAUAACUGCAGACUGUGCGUGUUCUUGAUUCCUGGGGCUAAUGGUGGUGGGGAACCAGCCACACUUUUAAAAGGCACUUUUGCACCACUGUUGUGCACUACAUUUUUGUACCACUUAAAUUCUUAACUUCCCACCCCCCUCUUGUGUGCUAAUUAGCAUCUCAGGGCAAUGACUUUUUAAUGUGUUGUAUGUUCUUUUCUUUGGGGGGAAACGUUCUUGUGUGAUCAUAUACUGUUCAAAUGUACUUUCAUUUAAAUGUUUUAACAGGAUGAACCCAUUUUGCUGCUUUUAAUAGGAAAUUCAUUUUGUAUAGCAGAUUCUUGUUACCCUAACAUUAAAAAAUUUCACUGAUCUCUUAUUGUUUUAGAAAGGUGAACUCUCUUAAUCUCCACUUUCUUAGGGAAUAUACUUUUACAGAUAAGAGAAGCAGUUCUUAAUAUUAGCAUUAAUGCUAAACAAUCCAAGUGGUAUUUUUCUUAGCUUUAGAACUGUUUCAAACUUAUUUUUAAUUAUGAUGCAUUAACUUGCUUCUAGAGUGAUAUGUAAUUAGUGUACUGCUCCAACCACUUUUUUACUAACUUCAUAACAUUAAGAAAUUUGUAUUAAAGAAUAAAUCAGCUAUAUAAUUCACAUAAUCUGAAUGGUAGCAGUACUUUUAGUGAUCAUCCAGUUGACCAUAUAUUAAUACAGCUAGUAACUCACCUUUUUUACAAAUGCAUAUGUCCUUGCUCGCAAGGAGUUUACAUGUGAAUAGAAUUUAUAAUCUAAUGUAUGUUAAUAUUAUAACUGGGUCACUCAUCCAAAAAAUAGUUAUUGCCCACCUACUGUCUGCCAGAUACUGUUCCUGAACAAGGCGGGUCUCUGCCCUAAGGAGCUCAUUUGCAGUUCCUUUAUUCACUUGAAAACCCUUUUCUUCUCAAAGUUAAAUCUCAUUUACAAGAAACUUUUGCUUAAUACAUAGGAAUAAAAUUGGUCUAAUGAGCCUCUUUUCAGAAUGCUUGGUUGCCUUUUGCAAAUGGCCUUUACUCUUCCUGCUGACAAUAAAUAAUCAGAGAAAUAGGUAAUGAAUUUCUUAGAAGUCUCUAGCGUUAGAAAUACUGGUGGAGUUUUAUGGCAUUUUUUUAAAAAAUUAUAUAGAGAGAGUUAAAUUUAAGUAAAACUUUUCCUGAAAACACACUGCCAGUGUUAACAUCCAGUUUUAACCAAAUGAGUACUGUGUUUUAAUUUUUAAAGAUAAGGAAUUCCCUUGUGGCAUGGCAGGUUAAAGAUCUGGCGUUGUCAUUGCAGAGCUUGGGUCGUGAUGUGGCACAAGUUCGAUCCCUGGCCCAGGAACUUUCGCAGGCCAUGGGCACAACCAACAAAAAAUUGCCCAUCUUUAUGGACAAAUUCAUAUGGAAAUUCAGUUGGUUUUUGAAAGAACUGAUGAAAUUGCUUAUGAUUUUUUAAUUUCUGAACUUCAUGGUGUACAAUUUUAAUUCAUAAGUUUGAGAGAUUUAAACUAAUGUUUUGAUUGCCAUUUGUACAGUAUUGUUAGGAUUUGGUAUUUGAAAAUAUGUAAAUAUUUCAGUAUAUAAAUCUCAUUUGAGGUUUUUCUUCAAAGGGAACUUUUAGAGCUUCAUAUCCUUUUGUUUAAAAUACUGCUGAACAUUUUUUAAUUAAGUUUUCUUUUUGGCAUCAGAAAGAUUCUUUUUACUUUAAAUUUUAGAAGCCUAAUUUUAAUUUCCUUCAAUAAUGUGCCAUGAAAUGGGGGUUUUAUUGUUUUAAAUGUUAUAUACAAUACUUCAGAAUAUGCUUGAACUAUUUAAGAAUGCAUUUUCUAAAUGUUAUCGGUAUAAUACUGUAUUGUUGGUGAGAGUAGUCAGUCUCAGGUAAGUGUUAGUUAAUACUGAUCGAACACUACAGAGAUGAUGAGAGGCACCGGGUUCCACUUUUGUGCCCUUUGCCACAGAUUCUUUCCCUUUUACCUGCCUAAUAUAUUUAGUGGCCUCUGCUCUCAUGUUUUCCUAAUUAUAGUACCAACAGGUAGGAGUGUGCCAAUUAGAAAACACUCAGAUGGAUUAAAACAAACUGUAGUUGACAACUUAUACUUUUAUUAGAUGGGGAGGGAAAGGUUGUUUAAAUUUAUAUAACAACGGCGUGACUUUUUUCCUCCCUUAUCCUGCAGGAAAUGUUGCUUAAUUUCCUCUACUACCCUCUUGGUGGCGUCUCUUUUUUUAGACCGAAUACGGCCAAUUCCAUUUUAUUGAGCAAGAAAGCUUAGUGCAUUACCUCACCAAGGCCAAUUAAUACUAUAUUAAAUUGGGUCAAAAAUAAGAAAAUGUGGGAACCGGAAAGGUGGGAAGAUGCCCAUGAGGACAGAGGAAGACUACUAUUAUUUAAAAAAGCCAUAGGAAGGUCUUCCUUGGAUCUAGCUGUCAUAUAAACCAGCAAGAAUCAACCUUUACUUAUGCAGAUAAUUUGCUUUUUCCUGGAAGGCAGAUAAUGAUAAAAAUUAUUGCUUCUCUAACAUAGAAACAACUGAGAAAAAUAAAUGCAAUGUUUCUUCACCACAAAACCGAAUCCUUCAUUUUUUUCAUUGUUCCAAACCCCAGUUUUCUAUUAUAGCUUUCUCAUUGAAUUAUUUAGAAAAACUGCUUAUAAUUUUUCCUUUUUAUGAAGUCCUCUUGAUAUAGUAAAGGACUUUUAGUAACAUUUUAUUUGUAUGGUACUAUCUGAAGUUAGAUUUGUUAGGAGAUGGAUAGCUACAGAACAGAAUCAGUCCUGUCUUAAUUAGGUACAAAUUCAUUGCAGCAAUACUUCUUAAACUUUUAGGGUCACAGACCCUUUGAGACUGAAUAAUCCUAGGAAAAUGCAUAUAUAAUGUACUUAGCUCCCCAAAAUUUGCAGUAUUGGCAGUGACUUGUGGGCCCCCAGUUAUUGGGGCAGAAUGUUUAAAAUAGGAUCUAACAUACAGCCACCAAUGUAUAGGAUUAAUGACAUUUCUGUUAAAUAAAACUACCAUGGAAAAAACUGAUUAGCUUGCUGCUUUGUUGCCAAAAUGAGAUGUUCGGUUACAGUUUAUUUCACAUCUAUGGACAUUUUGAAAUGGAGACUGUUGUCUUACAUGGUUAGCCCUUAAGUCAAUGGCAUAUCUAUAGGAAAAAUAUCUUGUUUAUAGGGUUAUGCCCAAAUACUUGUUGAUUUGUUUUACUCUUGAAAUAAUUCAUUUCAUUUGUAUAAAUGUUAUGAGUGGAGAGACCACAUACAUAUUAAAAGCAUGUUGAAUUAUUAUAUAGGUUCACUUUUUAAAUUCCAUACAUGUAAAUCUAAUACAAUUGCAUAAAUAUCUCCUAAACACAGUGUAUAACAAAAUUCUCCACAGUAAUUCACCCACUGUUUGCAGUUUAUGUGAUCCAGACUUUUAAAGAAAUUCCAGAAAUGUAAAUGUUGUAUUAUGUACCAUUUCCUGGUCCAGAGAAAACAUGUGAAUUCAGUUCUAACUUUAAGAAUGUACUUUUUCUUUUCAAGUCCAUUGAAGAAAUUGCAUUCAGCCUGUGAAUGGUUGCAGAUUGUAUGAGAUGAAAAGUAGAAAUAAUUCUAGUUUGCAAAACUGGUACCACUAAAUAAACAGGCAAUUGCACAA